AUGGAUGCUGAAGAAAGAAUGGAAAAGCUGGAAAGCAUGACACCAAAGAAACUUCCUGCCAAGUCCGCCAGCGCGGCAGAGAUUCGCGCAUAUCUCGCAUGGAUGCUCGUCUCGAAAUAUCAAACUUCCCCCGAGCUUGCGCAAAGCACCGCCAGCCGGUGGCAGGUCGGGCGCGGCAAGGAGCUUUGCGAAUUCAGUCUCGGGAAUUUCAAAGCCCAAUUUGGAGAAGAUAUCGGGCUCUGUUUGUACAAAGGCGUUUGCGAAGAUGAGUAUAACGAUUGGCGAUCGACUCGAACAGCAAAGAUCGCUAGAGGGCUGCUGAUUACGUCUAUUGUCGGCUUGAUUGUUCUUAUCAUUCUCUUCAUUUUCCCUGGGUUCUUGAGCACCACGCCCGAAUCUUCCGGCAUCAACGGUCUUGUCUGGGACGAGGCCGCCUCGCAAGCCCAAACUCUGCUCGCAUCGGCCGUAUCUGCCCUAGCCGGCGGACUGGACACCGACAUUCGCACCUUGGCGCUCAACGUCCUUGCAGCCACGGGGUCCAAGCGCCCACAAUCCUUCCACAGCUCUCAAGAAGCCCAAUCCCAGGAAGCCCGCUCGUAUGGUGAGUCGCUCAACCUUGUGAUGGAGAAUUCUUUCUUGAUCAUGCUGAUCCCUCCGGGGAUCCUGGAACUCCCUGUGCUGCUGCCCAACUGGUGUCGACGGGUGGGCGAGGCGGUCGAGACCUUAAAGCAGCAUAUGUUGACCAGCAACCGCAAGCCGCUCACAAUCCACGAAAUCCUCGGGAACAUCUACGCGAUAAAUCUCGCCGGGCAUGACACCACCGCCAACACGAUGACCUACCUGAUGCUCUUGUUAGCUGCGUACCCAGCCAUCCAGGAGUGGAUGGCUGAGGAGAGCCAGACGCCGGAAACUGUCCGCCGGUACCCGGCCAUCCUGGGCCUCCCCAAGUCCGUCGCCCCUGCCACUGGCAACCGAAGCACGGAGGAUAUCCUUGCCAGCCGGGCGGAGCAGCUCGCACGCGAGGAAAUCGUCGAGCCGCAGCCGGGGACCUACUUCCCUUGGUCCGCUGGAGCGCAAGUGUGCGCGGCCCAGAAAUUCACGCAGGUCGAGACUGUCGCGGUCUUGGAGUCCCUCUUCCGCGAGCAUCGGCUCCGGGUUGUGCUUGAGAAGGGAGAGGAUUCUGAGGCGGCUCAAGCGCAUCUGGUUGCUAAGACGCUGGAUACGCAGCAGCUGCCGGUGUUUCAGUGUCGGAUUCGGAUAGUGUCGAGGUUUUCUGGGAGCAUGUUGGGUGAAACGCUGUCACGUAGUGUUCCCUUUCUUCAUCUGUGAAUAUUUUGGCAUCGACAGCAUUAGCUGUGCAUAAGAGUUCUUAUGGCGAGGAAUAGAGUCAGAUCGCGCUGACUGCGCUGCGCAAUGGUCGUGCAGUACUACUUGGCUGUCAUCGUGAUCGGAGUGUCAUACUGACAAGGCAAGGGAUUAUUGGAUGACAGAGAGG